GCCGCCACCAGAAAUUUCGCCUUGCGAUGACUAUCAACCACCGCAGCAGGCUUCAGUGCUAAAACCUGCACAGCGAGGUUUCAGCAUGCGAACAACUCCGAACAUAGUCAUUACAGGGACGCCUGGUGUAGGUAAAACUGUUCACUGUGCACAGCUGGCCGAGGAGACUGGUUUGCGACAUCUUUCGAUCAAUCAGAUCGCGAAAGACCGGGGCUGUUACGACACCUACGACCAGGAAUUGCAAACCUGGGUUGUUGAUGAAGACAAACUUCUGGAUGCUGUCGAAGAGGAACUGCUGAGAGGUGGCUACUUGAUCGAUUGGCAUGCCUGUGAUCUUUUCCCCAAGUCCUGGGUUGAUCUCGUGGUGGUUCUACGUUGCCCAUCCACGUCCAUUCUAUAUGACCGUCUAACAUCGAGGGGCUACAAGCAAGCAAAGCUGCAAGAAAAUUUGGAUGCGGAAAUAUUCGGUGUUCUUCUCGAGGAAGCCCGCGAAUCAUUCGACGAAGAGAUUGUGGUUGAGUUAAAUAGUGAAAAGGAUGACGAUGUAGAAUCCAAUUGCGCACGAAUCUCUGGCUGGAUAGAGUCCUGGAAGAGCAGCCAGGCACUAAAUACAGACUGACUACUACUGACAUGUUAAAGUCAAAUUCAAUCGCCUCAAGCAGGCUCCAUCACAGCUGGGAAGAAUCAGAUCAGGAUCUUUCACGGGUUAGCCAGGCUUGCAGUUUGACUAGAGCUUUGUAUCUGUGGGAGAUUUGAUUCUAACCAAGAUUUAGCGACCAAUGAAGUAAAAGGAGGGGAGGGAAUUCCGUAGGGUACCUUUUCGUCUUUAUCCAUCUCGGCAUACGUUUUGCCUUGGUAUUCGAAGAUCGGAUCCCAACCUAGAAAAGAAGCAUGAAUUAAUCACAAGUGAUUAGAUUAAAGACUGUCUGUCCCUGUGUACACCUACCAAAGUUUGCGGGGCCUCUUGGGCGGACAAUAGCGCCCUUCACAGCUGGCGUCAGUUGCAGAUC